GAGGAAGUGAAGUGACUGAAUGGAUGACUUAUUACAUGCUGAUUAGUUGCAACGCAGAGAUAGGGAACUGAGAAGCUGAGAGGAGAUUUCUCACUGCUGUACUCCUCACUGAGCAGGAGAGGAGCUUUACUACCUCCACAGCCCUUUAUUCUCUUCUGAAAGCCCUUUCCUGUGCACUCUGAGCACCGGAGCACUGUCAGACAGGGUCUGGAGUGCGAGGGGGUCGUCGACUUAGAGCCGCAGAAGAUGUGAUAAAUGAAGGAUCUGCUCUAAAACCGAGGAUACAGGAUGAUGCAUAAAACACAAUCGGGACCAUUUCAGCACUGCCUAGUGGUCUUCAUUCUGCUGCUGUUUUCUGGAAUAAUAUUCUACAUAUACUACAAGCCAACCGUGAGCUGGGCGCCGUGUCCUGAAAUCACCGUGUCCACACAUGAUGUUUGUAUGGACGCAUGCUUCGACAUCUUCAAGACAGAGAACCUUAUCCAAAAUAUAAACAAUUCUUGCUCAAUUAAUUACACCUUAGUGAAGCAGCAAAUAUCAAACAAGCAGUUCGAUGACACUGAAGAAAAAAACAGGAAACUCCAUCAGUAUGACACCAUCAUUCUAAUCUGGGUUUGGCCUUUUGGUCAGAGUUUUGAUGUGGGAUCCUGUGGUGCACUGUUUGGCAUCACAGGGUGUUAUUUAACAGCCGACCGAAGCUUCUAUGACAAAGCCCAUGGAGUGAUGUUCCAUCUCAGAGACAUUUAUGGUGACUUACCAAACCUGCAGAAAAUGCCACGACCUCCUCAGCAGAAGUGGGUGUGGAUGAACAUGGAGUCUCCAGACAAUGUAGCAAGACUCAGAGCUCCAGACCUGUUCAAUCUGACAUCAAACUAUCGGCAGGAUUCGGAUGUCUGGGUGCCAUACGGACAAAUCUUAGGAGCUUCGGAAGAGGACAAAGUCUUUCAAAUACCAGAAAAAAACAAAUUAGCCUGCUGGAUCGUCAGCAACUGGAACAACAACUUCAAGCGGGUGAAAUAUUUUAACGAGUUAAGCCGGCAUAUUAAAAUCGAGGCCUAUGGACGCUACUUCGGGAGAUACGUGAGUGACGAAAAUUAUCCUGGGAUUGUGUCCAGCUGCAAGUUCUACCUGUCGUUUGAAAACUCCAUCCAUAAAGACUACAUCACCGAGAAGCUCUUCAACCCAAUGAAACUCGGCACAGUUCCCGUGGUUCUUGGCCCAUCCAGGGAGAACUAUGAGGAAUUUGUACCAAAAGAUUCCUUCAUCCAUGUCGACGAUUUCAAAACACCAGAAGAACUGGCAGAACAUCUCAAACGUCUGGACCAGAACCAGGAGAUGUACGAACAGUACUUUAAUUGGAGGAAAAACUUUGUGGCCAAGCCUUCAUAUUUUGGUUUGGAGCAUGCUUGUCGUAUUUGUGAUCAUGUCAAAAGAAAUAAGGGCUACAGAGUUUUUAAAAAUCUUGAUAAAUGGUACUGGGGCUAGUUGGCUUUGUCCAACCUGAAGAUACGCUGCUCUGGACACAGUCUUUGAGGAGCUGACUAUUGACGUUUACUAGCCAGCAGUCAUCUGGCAUCUAUUGGAUUUGACCAGUUUAAUCCAAUAGUUUUAAAUGAUUUUCACAAUGCCAAUAAUUAAUUAUUGAAUUAUUUAUUUUUACAGUAUUGUUGGUCAGACUUGGUUACGAGACUUAUCGAUUCUUUCUUCAGCCAUGAUGGAAAUAGCACUGAUGACUCGAUUAAUUUCUAGAGUAGAACAAUUUGGGGAAAGAAAUUUCUAAUUGUUCUGAGCAAUUUUGCCAUUUCAAUGUGAUUAUGUUGUAUAACUUUAGCGUUGAGAUUUUUUUUUUACUAAGAUUUCUUUGGAUUUAAGCUAGACUGCUAGUUUAUGACCUUUAUGUAAACAUUUAAAAUUUACUGAAUUGAAAUGUUGAAUAUUGUAAGGUCUAAUUGAAAUCACAAUUUAAAAACGGCACUUUUUCAAAUUAUGAUCCUUAUAUAAAAACGAUUAUUUGUUCAGCCAUUUAUUGCUGUCCCAAAGAUGAUGAAGGAUGAUAAUUCUCUCUUAGAGGGAAACUGGCAUUUCCCAUUAUACCGAGAGCAUCUGAAAGCAGAAAUAUCUCCACGAGAAACUGGGAAACACUUGAUUACGCCAAAGUCCAGCUUGAAACUGUUUACAGUCUAUUUAUCAAACUAGUUGAGAUAGCAGUGUAUGGAGUUGGAGUGCUGAGUGCAGUGCUCCCCCUACAGACUGAACUUGGUAAUGUUAAAAUUACGACCACUGGAAAGGACAAAAUGUGAAAUGAACAAAAUGACCUAGUGUUUAUAAGAUGGUAGAAUGAUGUGACUGAUUGUUUUCCUAAAUUAAUAUUUUUAAAUGCUUUAUUAUUGCAGUGUAUGACACUGGCUUUGUUUUGUAUUGUUCCAUUUGUGGGCAGAGUCAGUAGUAUAAAACGAUAACACAGUGUGAUUUGUCCCUACAUGGAACCUGGAAUAGUUGCAUCAUUUGUUUGUACCAAUAAAACAAGUACAUCCA